AUGAUUCCUGAACGGUGGGACUUAGCGAAGGGCGCUAGAUUAUGCUAUAGGUGCUUAGACGCGGCUCACCGUAAGUUCAAGUGCAAGUACAUCGCGUGCGGAGUUAACCAAUGCGAAGCCGGACAUCAUAAGCUAUUACACGGACUGAACGCGGCCGCGCCCGCGAACGGUAAUAGUACUCCGGCGGCAGCGGUUAAUAAUAUUAGGCUCCCGCAAACGUACCUCAAAGUCAUGCCUGUAGAGGUGUCGGGACCGCUAGGUACCGUGCAAACCCUCGCGCUGCUAGACGAAGGCGCGGCUAUGACUUUGAUGCUUCACGAAACGGCCGAUAAACUCGCGCCUCGCGUAAAAGGCGAAACUUUGGAAAUAGAAGGCAUAGGCGGCGUAGUCAGAAAUCCAGAUUCGUAUACGUUACGAGUCGCAAUACGGGGUUUUUGUAGCCGACACAUGGAAAUGAUGGAGGUAAUCACGAUUGGCGAUAUUGGCAUAGGAAUGCAGGGCGUACCACGUGACGUAGUCGACAAGUGCGAACACUUGACUAAAAUCGCGGACGAAUUAAGUUACCCGACCGGCAUACCUACCAUCGUGAUAGGACAAGAUAAUUGGCACCUCAUCAUUUCUCGGCAAAUUUUAGAGGGCCCGCCUGAGCUUCCCAUUGCUAGCCUAACUAGACUGGGCUGGGUUUUACACGGCCCAGAUAGAACGCGCCGCGCCGCGGUAAAUUUUGUAGGGCACGCACGGCCUAAAACCGCGGACGACGAGGCUUUAGAGCUAAUGAAACGGCAUUUUGACAUAGAAUCAUUAGGCGUUUCACAAAAGCUACCUCGGGCCGAUCCCGACCAGCGCGCGCUAGACUUGCUGAAAACCACCUGUGUAAAAAUACCGGGGGAGAAUAGGUAUCGAGCGGGCUUAUUAUGGCGGACAGACGACGAAAAGCUCCCAGAUAACCGAGCGCAAGCAUUAAAACGGCUGUACAGUCUAGAACGAAAACUAGACCGAGAUGCAACGUUAAAGGCCGAAUAUGCAAAGCAUAUGGCUAACUUGCUUGACAAGGGUUACGCGGAGAAAAUGGAGUCGCCGCCCCCCCUCGAUGCGCCCCGGGUGUGGUACUUAGCGCAUUUCCCAACAUUUCACCCGCAACGCGGCAAAAUGAGAUUAGUGUGGGACGCGGCCGCCACGGCCUACGGACGGUCGCUCAAUAGCGCGCUUUUGGCCGGCCCCGACUUGUUAGAGUCACUCUUUGGCGUACUAGUGCGUUUCCGCGAGGGUAAAAUCGCGGUAAUAGCGGACGUCAAAGAAAUGUUUUUACAGAUCGAGAUAAUUGAGCAAGAUCGCGAUGCGUUACAUUUCGUUUGGCGGGGGGAGGACCGCACCUCUCCACCGCAAGAAUACAGAAUGAAGCGGCUUAUAUUUGGAUCGGCAGCGUCGCCGACAACCGCGCUAUACGUCAAAAACGAAAACGCAAGAACGCAUAGCGAACAAUUUCCGAUCGCAGCUGAAAAAACAAUAAAAAAUACGUACAUGGACGACAUGUUGAUCGCGCUCGAUACGUCCGAGGACGACGCCAGGCGCAUAGUAAACGAGGUUUACGAACUAAAUAUGCGCGCGUCAUUCGAGCUUCGCGGGUUCGCGUCGAACCAUCCUGCGGUUAUUGCUGACGUAGUUAACAGUAAAGAGGAAACGUCAUUGUUAGGCGCUAGCGAGAGCGAACGUACGUUAGGUUUGAAAUGGAAUCACAAGCGUGACACCUUAGGUUUCAACGUAAACUUUCGCAACACGCCCGAGGACGUACUUAACGGUCAGAAAUUACCCACAAAACGACAGGUUACGAGUAGUGCGAUGUCAAUAUUCGAUCCGAUCGGAUACGUAAGCCCCAUAUCCGUCUUAGGCAAGGCAUUAAUGCAGGAGAUAUGGCGCACCGGAAUCGGAUGGGACUCGCCCAUACCCGUCUCGCUCGCACCCGCAUGGCGAUCGUUCAUAGAUAACGUACAACAAUUACGGGACUUGGAAAUUCCGCGACACGUGCCCGCAUUUAAUAGGGAGGCAUAUAUGCAUGUUUUUUGCGACGCAAGUGAAAAAAUAUAUGCCGCGGCCGUGUACCUAGUCAGCGUCAACCCCGAGGGGACUAGAACGUCCGCAUUAGUGGCCGCAAAGGCCCGAGUGUCACCUCUCCGGGUAGUUAGUAUUCCACGAAUGGAAUUACAGAGCUGCGUACUAGCGACUAGGUUAGCGGAGACCAUAGUCAAAGAGUCAGACUACGUAAUAAAGGACAAGUAUUUUUGGUCUGACUCCAAAACGGCACUCACGUGGAUACGGUCGGACCCACGUAGGUACAAAACGUUCGUCGCACAUAGGUUAGCGGAAAUCGAGAACACUACCACCCCCGCCAACUGGCGCUGGGUGCCUAGUGCAACUAACGUAGCUGACGACGCGACGCGCGGUAUGCCUACGCAAUUUGGAGCGAACCACCGAUGGUUCAUAGGGCCCGAUUUCAUACGUAAAAGCGAGGAGCAUUGGCCGACAGAGAAAACGCCCGCGCCCGUCGCCGAUACGGGCGAAGAACGCGUUAACAAGCUCGUAUGCUCGGUAGGCGCCGCGAAAAAUAAGUUUGAGUACCUGCCGGAGGAAAUCAAGUUAAUGGAAACUGGACGGCCGAUUCCGAAGAAAUCGCCACUCCAUAAAAUCGCAGUAAAACUCGACAAAAAUGGAGUCAUCGUGCUGAACGCCAGAAUAGAUAAAGAUGUACACAUACCCGUUCUACACGCUAAAGAAGAUUUCGUCAAGCUGCUAAUACAUCAUUUUCAUGCUCUCUACAAUCACGGCAACCACUCAACAGUGAUAAACGAGCUGAAACAGAGAUAUUAUAUUAUCGGUCUGCGCGGUAGCAUUCGUUAUAUAACGAAUAAGUGCCAAUGGUGUCGGACCUAUAAGGGGACCACACUCAAGGUUCCUGUAGGCGACUUACCACCAGAGAGGCUCCAGGCGAAUCAACCGCCAUUUACCGCCGCAGCCGUAGAUUUAUUUGGCCCUAUGAAUAUUACAAUAGGCCGCCGCCGCGAGAAAAGAUGGGGCGUAUUAUAUACUUGCCUCACUACCCGAGCUGUGCACUUAGAGCUUGCCGCCUCACUUUCGGCAUCCUCUAUGAUACUCUCACUGCGCAGAAUGAUAGCUCGGCGCGGCACGCCUACCGUUCUGUACUCCGACAACGCAACUAACUUCUACGGAGCAGAACGAGAAAUUGCAGAGGCCAAGAAAACGCUGCCAGACAGUCUAAAGCCAUUCCUGACUGAACGAGCGAUCACCUGGAAAAAGAUACCGCCUGGCAACCCUUCCGCCGGCGGUGCAUGGGAACGACUCGUGGGCAGCGUGAAAACUGCACUGAAAGCUACACUAAAAGAGAGAGCACCUCAUGAAGAAGUUCUACAUACGCUGCUUCUAGAAGCCGAGCACGUAGUGAACUCCAGACCACUGACACCUGUGAAUCCAGACCUAGAUGUCGAGGCUCUGACGCCGAACCAUUUUCUCAUCGGCCGGUCGAGCGCAAUGGCACCGCUGGGCGUCUUCACAGACAAAGAUAUGUCACUGUCGUCAUGGAAGACAGCGCAGAACUUAGCCGAUCACUUUUGGAGGCGCUGGCAGAAAGAAUACAGACCCAGCCUCCUCCCUCGGCCCAGUGCUCACCAGAACUUAUAA